GUCCCCUGCUUAGCGCCUGAUCCCAACGAUCCGAAGCCUUGCGCUUUCGUCAUGCAAGGCGACACGAUCGAAAAGUCAUGAUGCUGAUUCUGCCCGACUCGGACGACUCGGGUCUGUCUUCCAACACAAUGAAAUCUUGAUGCCUAGAUGUCUUCACUGCUUGCACCUCCGUUCCUCUCCCUUUGCGUUUGACCUUUUGUAAUGUUCUAGCGCGCAAACGAUACCAUCCACUCUACACACUGAGGCCACCUGCGCAAUUGGGCCAAAUCCGAGACAUCCUGCCCAGACGGACACUCGCUUUCACAUGUCCACUCAUUCCUGAUACGUGUCAACGUCUUACCACACAUGGCGACCAUCACAGAAAACCCGACCUCCCCAAACGCCAUUCCCGUUCGAUAUAGCUCGGCUGGCAUCCAUGAUGGGAUCCAACAUCAACCCUCCAAGUCCGUCCUGAAACCCCUGCCCGAGGACUCCUGGCUGUCACCCAAACACCACUCAAUGCCUCCGCAAACUCCGGCCCAACAAUUCGCCGACCACACAAAUAACGUGAGGAGGCAGUCUAAGAGGAAGUCUACUUCAGAUUACAUCGCGCCGAGGCCAAUGGGAGAAUGGACACCGCAGAAAGAGAAGAUUAUCAUGGGUCCGUACGAUUACUUAUGGGCGCACCCAGGCAAGGACAUCAGAUCAGCCUUGAUCAAAGCUUUCAAUUCGUUUCUGCGUGUCCCUCCACAGUCGCUGGAGAUUAUCACAAAAGUGGUUGGGAUGCUUCACACAUCUUCACUUUUGAUCGACGAUGUACAGGACGGAAGUCAACUACGGAGAGGUGUACCCGUGGCACAUAAUAUCUUUGGAGUCGCUCAGACAAUCAACAGUGCCAACUACGUCUACUUCUUAGCCCUGCAAGAACUCCAGCGCUUGGACAAUCGGGAUGAGGCUAUGGAGAUCUUUACAACAGAAUUACUCAACCUACAUCGCGGGCAAGGGAUGGAUCUUUACUGGCGUGAUACCUUGACAUGUCCCUCCGAGGAUGACUAUCUGGAAAUGGUGCAGAACAAAACGGGUGGUCUCUUCCGCCUGGCAGUCAAACUGAUGCAAGCCGAGUCUCCCGAAAAAGGGCGAAUAGACUGCGUUCCAUUGGUCAAUCUGAUGGGAUUGAUAUUUCAAAUAUGCGACGAUUAUCUCAAUCUGUCCUCCACUGUUUAUACGAAGAAUAAAGGUCUUUGUGAGGACCUGACGGAAGGCAAAUUCUCGUUCCCUGUCAUCCACUCGAUACGAACCAACACGGCAAAUCUCGAACUUAUCAACAUUCUCAAGCAGAAAACCACUGACGAACAAGUCAAGAGGUAUGCAGUCCAAUAUAUGGAGAGCACCGGAAGUUUCGAGUACAGUCGCAGAGUCGUUCGCGAAUUGAAGAUCAAAGCCAUGGCACUUAUCAGUGAGAUGGAUGGUGGUAAUGGGCAAGGAAAUGAGAUAAAGGCCAUCCUGAAUAAAAUGGAUGUCGAUCAAUGAUGUGAAGGGUGGUGUCUAUGCUGGAUUCGAGGCCCUUCAACAGGCCGAUCCAGUAUCUCGGGUUGAUGUCUAGGCCUUAACACAAGAGGCCAUAAUAUACCCCACGCUUUCUGCGAAACGUGCCCAAGUCCACUUUGACCAACCUUCAAUGGAACGCUCAUAUAUAUUGCUUUUACGUCGUUUCCAUCAAUCUUCCGAUAUAUUCUCCUUGUCGAGUGGACGGCUCCCUUCUAGAGGGAACCGUGCGAAGAGCAACACACAGAAUCCUAUCAGUGCCACGGCAGCAUUGACCGUGAAUACAAGC